UGGUCACAAAAAAACAUUCAUGAAGUUUCGUUCUUUUAUGGAUUUAUUAUGGCUCUACUGAAAAUGUGAGCCAUUGUGCUGGGUCAAAAGUAUACAUACAGCAAUGUUAAAGGCCUACUGAAACCCACUACUACCGACCACGCAGUCUGAUAGUUUAUAUAUCAAUGAUGAACUAUUAACAUUGCAACACAUGCCAAUACGACCGGUUUAGUUUACUAAAUUACAAUUUUAAAUUUCCCGCGGAGUUUCCUGUUGAAAACGUUGCGGAAUGAUUGACGCGUGUUUGUGAAGUUAUUGGUCGGAGGGCACAUAUUAGCCCAGCACCACUUAUGGCUAAAAGUCGUCUCUUUUCAUCGCGCAAUUGCACGGUAUUUUGGACAUCUGUGUUGCGGAAUCUUUUGCAAUUUGUCCAAUUAAUAAUGGAGAAGUCAAAGUAAAAAGAUGGAGGUGGGAAGCUUUUAGCCUUUAGCCACACAAACACACGGUGUUUCCUUGUUUAAAAUUCCCGGAGGUGAAGCUUUACUAUGGAUCAGAGCGGUCAAGCCAACAUGGUUCCCGACCACUUGUCAACCGGCAGUUUUCAAUGAGAAAAUUGUGGCAAUAAGUCAUCUCUUACCGGAGAUCAGCGGAGCCAGUGUCGUCCUGCAGCUGCCGUGACUUUUCUCAGAGACUCUGGCGUCAACACACCCGUGGCCACACCUCUCCAACUUUAAGGCCUUCACUCUAAAUUUCCUCAUCCACGAAUCUUUCAUCCUUGCUCAAAUUAAUGGGGAAAUUUUCGCUUCCUCGGUCCGAAUAGCUCUAGCUGCUGCUGGCUAUGAUUGUAAACAAUGUGAGGAUGUGAGGAGCUCUACAACCAGUGACGUCACGCGCACAUCGUCUGCUACUUCCGUUCUUCCUGGGUGCCUCAGGGAAGUUACCUGGAGUCCAACAGGGACGAGUGCACGGUCUCGCUCAUAUAUGCGGUCCGUCUGAAGAAGACCGGAUCGGUCAGCUUUGAAUACCAGUACCCAGACAAAAACCUGCUCUUUGAGUUCUUUAUUCAGAAUGACCAAUGUCAGGAGAUGGAUCAGGCCGUGGACACCAAGUGGCUUAAACUCAGCAAUCCAGGCGAGUGGGCAACACACACGGUGAACCUGAAGUCUGGCGCCAACAUCAUGUAUUGGAGGACCAGUGCGGUCGUGGUGGGAGCUAAAGCGCUGAAACCUGCCUUGCUGAAAAAUAUCCUCAUAGAAGGGGUUGCCUACACGUCCGAGUGUUUCCCUUGUAAGCCAGGAACAUUCAGCCGUGUCCCCGGCUCCGCCUCCUGCCAGCCCUGCCCCCGGGACACCUACUCGGCUCACGGAGCGAGCUCGUGCACUUCCUGCAACACCAGCAGCCAGUACGCAGAUGAGGGCUCAGCUGUGUGUCAGAACAGACCGCCGUGUUCCAAGAAGGACUAUUUCAGCAUCCACACCGCUUGCGACAACGAGGGAAAGACCCAGAUUAUAUAUAAAUGGAUCGAGCCCAAGGUCUGCCUCGAGAACGUGACCGGAGCUAUUACGCUGCCCCCCGGUGGCCAGCGUAAGCCCUGCCCUCCUUGCAACCCCGGGUUCUAUAACAACGAAACAGCCAUCUGCUCACCCUGCCCACCUGGGACCUUUUCAGAUGGGAUGAAAGCCUGUCAGCGAUGCCCGGCGGGUACGGAGCCCACUUUGGGUUACGAGUACAAAUGGUGGAACGUUCUGCCGGCGAACAUGAAGACUUCCUGUUUCAACGUGGGCAACGCUAGAUGUGACGGCAUGAAUGGUUGGGAAGUGGCCCGCGAUCAUAUCCAGAGCGGAGCGGGAAGCUCGGAUAACGAUUACCUCAUCCUCAGCAUCCACGUUCCUGGAUUCAAGCUCCCGACGUCAAUGUCAAGCCAUUCCACAACAGAGUUCGGUCGCAUUACCUUUGAGUUUGAGACGUCGUGCACCACAGACUGUGAAUUCUACUUCAUGAUGGAUGUGAACCGGAGGAGCACCACAGUGGUGGAGUCGUGGGAGCGAAGUAAAACCCGACAGACUUACACGCACGUCAUGACGAAGAAUGCCUCAGUUUCCUACACAUGGGCUUUCCAGAGGACCAAUCAGCCGUCAGAUGGUCGUCGCUACGUCAACGAUGUAGCGCGCAUCUACUCCAUCACCGUCAGCAACGCGGUGGACGGGGUGUCCUCCGAGUGUCGGGCCUGCGCCGUCAGCACCCAGCCGUCCAGCUCCGCCUGUGUGCCGUGUCCGGCGGGUCACUACAUAGACCCGCGCAGCAGCCAGUGUACGGAGUGUCCCCCGGACACCUACCUCGUCUCUCAGGACAAGCCGGGCCCCCAAGCCUGCAAGCCUUGUGGACCAAGCAGCCAGAGCAGCAAGGACCACCGUUUGUGUUACAGCGACUGUCACUUCACGCACACCGACGGCAACCUCACUCUGACCUUUGACUUCAACUCCCUGGGCUCAGUGGGGACGCUGAUGAAUGGGCCGAGCUUCACCUCCAAAGGAACCAAGUACUUCCACCAAUUCAACAUCAGCCUGUGCGGAGGACCGGAUCGGUUGGCCUUAUGCAAAGACAACGUGAGCGACCUAUCCAUCAGUGACGCUCAGAGCGAAGGAGCCAACACCGUCAAGACCUUCAUCUGUCAAUCAACCGUCAUCCCGGCCAGUGGGAGGGGCUUCAACGCGGCGCUCACCUCACAGUCCAUUAACCUGGCCGACACCUUUCUGGGCGCAACGGUUGAAAACACUCAUGAAAGUAUUCGGGCAAGACCUGAGCUGUACCCCCGGACCUCCAAGAAAGUCCCAGAUGUCAACUUCUUCUUUCGGUCUUUGGAGCCCACCUCGUCAUGUGAAUCAGGUCGCAGCACGGUGGUGACCGUUCGCUGUAAUCCAGAACGAAGCACUAAAGGAGAACUCUCCGUGCCCAGUAUAUGCCCUGCGGGAACAUGCGACGGCUGCACCUUUCAUUUUCUGUGGGAGAGCUCUGGCGCUUGUCCCACGUGCACGGAGAGGGACUACCACCGCAUAGAGGGCGCCUGCAAAGGAGGACACCAGGACCUGUUGUACGUGUGGACCGAGCCCAAAGUGUGCAUGGCGGGCGCCAGCUUGCCGGAGAAGAAGACGGUGCCGUGCGAAGGCAUGGAGUUCUGGGUGCGGUUGGGCUCAGGACUGGGCGCUUUCACCGCGGUGCUCCUCGUCACGCUCACCUGCUACUUCUGGAAGAAGAAUAAGCGGUUGGAGUAUAAGUACUCGCGCCUGAUGUCCGCCAACAAGGAGUGCGAGAUGCCAGGAGCCGACAGCUGUGCCGUGAUGGAGGGAGAGAACGAAGGCGACAUGGAGGACGAGAUCGUGUACUCCAAACCCUCGCUGCUCGGCAAACUCAAAGCCAUCGCGUCCAAAGGAAACGGCGAGAGCUACGAAAACAUGCAGCUGAACUCGUCCGGUUCCAAAGCUUUGGUGUGGAGUUAAAAUGACCUGGGAGUCAGCCUCAGGUGAUUGAAGUCCCCUUUAACACACACACACACACACACACAUACACGUACACACACACACACACACACACACUCGCAUCAAUGGUGGCCUUAAACCCGGGUAGGAGCCAACAGUCCAGUUCCGUGUCACAAAGAACUCAGGGUAACUGGGGGAGCUACAGUACAGUAUGUCACGUCCAUUUGUUUGGAUUGGUUAUUAUGUUCGUUAAGAGGUGGUCGUUUUGUGCGUUGAUCUCCCGCCACCUUUGGCCAUUGGAAUGGCCUGUCUCGUCAUUUGUGUAUUAUUUCUUGUUUUGUUUUGUUUUGGUUUUUUUUCCAAAUGAGGUCAACACGAUGGGAAAACAGAGACAAUGCAGAUGAGGUUUGUGGUGUUGACUUCAGUGCUCUCUGCUAAUAAAUUAUGAAUUAUUUAUGUAUAAGCGCA